GUGUGUGUAACAGGAAGAGGCGGUGCGCUGUGUCCGGAUGAGUUGUGCGAUGUGGGGGUGAUCCGGGGUAGCGGGCUGACAGCGCGUACAGGACGAGGUGCCCACCGGCCGGGAGACAUUCCCCGACUUGCAGCCAGCCCCGGGGCUAGGAGGGCAGCGCUAGGGCUGCAGGCUCCAUGUAGCAACGCGGCCCGGGGCACAAGAUGGCGGAUCUGUCACUGUUGCAAGAGGACGUGCAAGAAGAGAUAGAUGGUUUUGGUGUGGAUGACUACAGCUCAGAGUCUGAUGUGAUUAUUAUACCUUCAGCCUUGGACUUCGUCUCGCAAGAUGAAAUGUUGACACCUCUUGGAAGAUUGGACAAAUACGCUGCAAGUGAAAACAUAUUCAACAGACAAAUGGUUGCCCGAAGCCUACUGGACACCUUAAAAGAAGUCAGUGAUGAUGAAAAGGAUUGUAUUGCUGUAUUGGAACGGGUUUCUAGACUCUCAGAAGAUUCAGAACCCACUGUACGUGCAGAACUCAUGGAACAAGUGCCUCAUCUUGCAAUGUUCUGUCAAGAAAACCGGCCAUCUAUUCCACAUGCUUUCUCCAAAUACCUUUUACCGAUUAUAGUGCGAUACCUGGCUGACCAGAACAAUCAGGUCAGAAAAACCAGUCAGGCGGCUUUGUUGGUCCUUCUUGAACAGGAGCUCAUAGAACGGACUGAUGUUGAAAGUAAAGUGUGCCCGGUGCUCAUCGAUCUCACCUCUCCAGACAGCAAUGAUGAUGUCAAAACAGAAGCAGUGGCUAUUAUGUGUAAAAUGGCCUCUAUGGUGGGCAGAGAUAUAACAGAAAGGCUCAUCUUGCCACGGUUUUGUGAGAUGUGCUGCGAUUGCAGAAUGUUCCAUGUUCGCAAGGUCUGUGCUGCCAAUUUUGGAGAUAUUUGCAGUGUUGUGGGACAGGAUGCAACUGAGAAAAUGUUGCUUCCACAGUUUUUCCAGUUAUGUUCUGAUAAUGUUUGGGGUGUGCGUAAAGCCUGUGCAGAAUGUUUUAUGGCCGUUUCUUGCACAACCUCUCAAGAACUUCGUCGCACUAAACUGUCUGCUCUUUUUAUUAACCUAAUCAGUGACCCUUCCAGAUGGGUUCGCCAAGCUGCCUUUCAGUCCCUGGGGCCUUUUAUAUCCACAUUUGCAAAUCCAUCAAGUUCUGGUCAGUAUUUCAAAGAAGAGGAGUGUAAAAGCUCAAAGGACGAUCAACAAAGUGAAAACGAUGAGAGCAGGACAGCUAAAGAGGUUCUGGCACAAGAUGCUUCAAGUGUGGAAGAUGAUGUCCCAUUGAUAGACCAGCUUUGCACAGACAGUGAUGUUAAUUUUACUGUGAAGUUAGAAUCGAGUUUGGAAGAUGUAGCAGGUGAAUCUUCCAAGGACAGUAGUCAACAAGUUGACUUUCUAUCAUGUUGCACUUUGCCUUUGCAAUCUACAGCUGACUCCAGCAAACCAGAACAGAUCUCUAAUGAGUCUAAUGCACAUGAGGUGUUGGAGUUGGCUUCACCAGAGAGCCCUGUUACUGAGCAAGAAUUGUACAAUUCGUUCCAUUUCUGGAGGACUCCCAUCCCCGAGAUUGAUAUUGAUUUGGAACUGAAGCGAACACAAGCAGAAUCUCGUAGCCCGGAAAGUAGUCAGACUGUUCAAAAGGCAUCAUCUCCUGGAUCUCCUAAUAUUACAAUGGCCACAAGAAAGGAGCUUGAGGAAAUGAUAGAAAAUUUGGAGCCUCAUAUAGAUGAUCCCGAUGUUAAAGCACAAGUUGAUGUACUCACAGCAGCCCUCAAAGCAUCCAAAUUAGGAACUCUGGAAGAUCCGAAAUCCUCUCACUUGAACCGGGAAAUCCUCUACAGAAAUGAUCGUAUUGAAACCGGGAAAAUAAACUGCAAAAUUGCAUGUGAGGACUCUGGUCCUUUGAUCAGCGAUUCUGUAGAGUGUAUGCAGUCAACAUUGCGCUACAUACAUGAUGACUCUGACUUGAGCACUAGUGGCAGCUUUAGCCCUGAAGAUGAAAAGAAAUCCAAAGUGCAGGAUGUUGUACCUCAAGCCUUAUUGGAUCAGUAUUUAUCCAUGACUGACCCAUCCCGAGCUCAGACUGUUGACACAGAGAUUGCCAAACAUUGUGCCUAUAGCAUUCCAGGAGUGGCUCUAACAUUGGGCAGACAGAACUGGCAUUGUCUCAGGGAUACUUAUGAGACUUUGGCAGCUGACAUGCAGUGGAAAGUGCGAAGGACGUUGGCCUUUUCCAUCCACGAGCUGGCAUCAAUCCUUGGAGACUCCCUGACAGCUGACGAUUUGCUUCCUAUAUUUAAUGGGUUUCUGAAAGAUCUUGAUGAAGUCAGAAUAGGAGUGCUGAAACAUCUCUAUGAUUUUCUAAAGCUUCUCCAGCCAGAUAAAAGGAGGGAAUAUCUUUAUCAGCUGCAAGAGUUCCUGGUGACUGACAACUGUCGAAACUGGCGAUUCAGGGCAGAGCUAGCAGAGCAGUUGAUUCUUCUUCUUGAACUGUACAGUGCCAGAGAUAUUUAUGAUUACUUGCUGCCAAUUGCUUUGAAUCUUUGUGGUGAUAAGGUGUCUUCUGUGCGUUGGAUUUCUUAUAAACUGGUAAGUGAGAUGGUGAAGAAGCUGUACCUUGCACCCACCCAAACAUUGGUGCUGGACCUAAUGAAUAAACUAGUCGAACAGUUUUGUCGGAGCUCUAAAUGGUCUGGGCGACAAACAUUUGUGUUCAUUUGUCAGGCACUCAUUGAAGAUGACUGUCUUCCAAUGGACCAAUUUGCCCUUCACCUGAUGCCUCAUCUAUUGCAUUUAGCAUCUGAUAGGGUUCCGAAUGUGAGGGUCCUCUUAGCAAAGACUCUGAAACAGACCUUGCUAGAGAAGGAAUACUUCCUGACAUCUGCCAAUUCUCAUCAGGAAGCAGUAGAGCAAACCAUUAUGGCUCUACAAAUGGAUUAUGACAAUGACGUCAAAUACUUUGCCAGUAUACACCCCGCUAGCACCAAACUUGCAGAUGAUGCCGUGAGCACUGCCUCUUCCACCUAUUAAGUAGCAUCCUUUUCCACUUAAACCACCGAGAACUCUGAAAUGAAGACAGCAUGGACACUGUCCUUUUUUUUUCUUUUUUUUUUUCUUCUCCUACUCUACAUUAGGAGGGAAGAGGAACUAUAAACGCUCUCAGAGGAUUGCCACCAAAGCCUUAAAUCAUCAGUCUUCCUGAGAUGUUAAAAAACUUGAAUUGGCUCUUUAGUAACUUUUAACCUACUAGGGAAUAACGUUACUCUACUUGUUUCCUCUCAGCCGAAUGUCAUUUAAUUCACUUCCUAUGUCUUUCACUGCAGGGAUCGCUGGUUGCAUAUAUAGGUUCAUAUUUAUUAAGCUGUGCUAUAAAACAACAUAUCUUACAGCACAGUGCUGCUUAGUAAGCAUGGGCAAAAAAACUUGCAGUGAAUUACUCACUUUAUCCCCACAUUGUUUAGAUUGUCCAGUAUUAGAUGUAAUGGGGUUUUUAUUCAGAGGUAUUCCCCAUAAAUUUCUUAACGUGUGAAUAGUUUAACUUUUUUUUUUUUUUUUUGCAUUGUGUAAACUGAGAAAGAAAGUUGAGUAACUUCCUCCCACCCGCCUCCCUUUCUUUCUUAAUACCCUUUCUUUUCUUAAGGGCUCAGUGCUAACACUACACUAGAUACUGAUUUUAAUCCUUUAAUGCAGCAUAUUGCUGUAUGUAUUAGACAGACAACAUUGCUGUAAAGUACCUCUGUUAUAAUUAGUUUUCAUGCUGGUCAUGACCUGAAGGAAAUAUAUUAUUUCAUGAACUUCAAGUCAUUUUCUUUCUUUUUUUUAAACUUGGUAAUGAUCAGCUGUAAUGGGGUAUCACUAGUGGGCUCCAUAUACAUGUACAUAUCCGUCAGUACUCCCAGAAGUACCGAAGUCUUUAAUCAUGCUGUUUAAGCCUCUGUUGUAAUACAAGUUUCUCUGCUUGUCCGAAUAAAAUUUAAUAAGUUUCAAUAUA